AGCUACAGGCAGGUGAGUUUGAUUGGGGUUGGAAUUGACCUGUUCUUGAAUCUUUAAAAUUCGAUUUUACAGAGGUUGAUAUUGCAGCAACACGUAUUUGUCUUAGUUUUGUGCGGUUUGCUCACAGGCUGGGAGGAUGACAGCUCGAGUGUAUUUCUCGUUGAUUGCUGUUUUUUCGUGUCUGUUCGGAUACUUGAGCAUAGCCCACGCUAUUCAAAGACGAACCACAGUGAAGCCGGGUCAGUGUCCCGUACCGGAGAUGAUUCCACUGUGUGCUAAAAGCUGUUUCCGUGAUGGCCAGUGUCCUGCCACGCAGAAAUGUUGCCCAACCACCGGUGGCUUUGCAUGCAGUGAACCACGUGGUCAGGGAAGAGAUCAAGCAAGUUGCCAGGGAAGCGGAGCUGGUCAGGGUGCAGGACAGGGAAGCGGGGCUGGUCAGGGUGCAGGACAGGGAAGCGGGGCUGGUCAGGGCGCCGGACAGGGAAGCGGGGCUGGUCAGGGAGCCGGUCAGGGAAGCGGAGCAGGACAGGGAAGCGGAGCUGGUCAGGGAGCCGGACAGGGAAGUGGCGCAGGACAGGGAAGCGGAGCUGGUCAGGGAGCCGGACAGGGAAGUGGCGCAGGACAGGGAAGCGGAGCCGGUCAGGGCGCAGGACAGGGUCAGGGAACCGGUCAGGGCGCAGGACAGGGUCAGGGAAGUGGCGCAGGACAGGGAAGCGGAGCCGGUCAGGGCUCAGGACAGGGACAGGGAAGCGGAGCCGGUCAGGGCUCAGGACAGGGUCAGGGAAGCGGAGCCGGUCAGGGUGCAGGACAGGGUCAGGGAAGCGGAGCCGGUCAGGGAAGCGGAGCCGGUCAGGGAAGCGGAGCCGGACAGGGCCAGGGAAACGGAGCUGGUCAGGGAAGCGGCGCAGGACAGGGAAGCGGCGCAGGACAG